AUGGCCAACAUUCAACCUAAUCAGCAACCUGAAAUUCGCCCUCCUGUUCCCCAAAAUUUUCGUCCAGGAGUACCAGUAGACCAUGCAGGGCAACCGAUCGCCCAGAGUGUGGGUCGCCCGCCGACUUCUCCUGCUUUUGGACCUAAUAUGAUACCAACUAAUUCGCCUGGCCAUGCUGCCUAUACUCGCCCUCCCGUCUCUCCUGCUUUCAGACCUGGUGUGGUCCCACCCUCUUCACCCGGUCGUCCUGGGUAUCCCACCCAACAAUCGGGUGUACCUCAGGUGAAUUAUCAACCGGGUAUGGUAUCCACUGCUCUAACACCACCUCCAGAUAUGCCCGCAUCAACUGCGCCUGGCCAGCGUGCUCCAUCCCCGCCAGUUACUACCCAUAAACAAAAACGGGUUUAUCCGAAGCAGAUUGGACAAGCCUACAGUGAAUCCGCUCCAUAUGAUCCUAUGCAUCAGACGUACACACCAGCAGCAGUAGCAUCACCACAAAUGCCUGGCAUUCCCGGUCAGCAGCAACCGCCUCUGGUGCCACAGUCUCCACAAUUCUUUACUCCCGCGGCCGCUAAUACAUUAGGAACGCAAAUUCCGGCAUAUUCUCAGGCCUAUGUGCAGCCAGCUGUAGCCCCCGCACCCAAUGUCGCUGGAAUGGCGAAUCAAUUUGGGCAAAUGAAUCUGACCGGGCAGCAUUCGUCCCCGUUGAUUCCUAUUCAUCUCAUUGGCACCCAACCUGAUGUGAGUGCUCUGGAUGCACCUCCACCACCAAUUACCUUGCCUCCCAACGCAUCUGUUACUACGUCUGAGAAAGCCAAUUGUGAUCUGUCUUACAAAAGAUGCACUUUGAACGCAAUACCUGCCACCUCGUCUCUCCUGACUAAAUCUCGCUUACCAUUUGCUCUCGUCAUUACACCUUAUCGAAGUCUGAAAGAAGGCGACGAUCCCGUUCCAGUUGUCACAGAUACAGUCAUUGCGAGAUGUCGAAGGUGUCGAACAUAUAUAAAUCCUUUCGUAAACUUUGUGGAUGGUGGACAGAGGUGGCAGUGUAAUCUAUGUUAUUUGCUUAACGAAGUACCAAAUCAAUUUGAUUGGGAUAUACACGCGAAUAAGAAGGCUGACAGAUGGCAACGGGCAGAAAUCAAUCACGCUGUUGUAGAAUUUGUUGCACCAACAGAAUAUAUGGUUCGGCCGCCUCAACCACCUGUUUACGUAUUCGUCAUAGAUGUGUCCUAUCCAGCUGUUCAAUCAGGUGCAGUUGCCACAGCCGCGAGAACUAUUCUGGAAUCCUUAGACCGCCUACCAAACGAGGAUAACCGCACGAAGAUUGCAAUUAUUACUGUAGACGUAGCGCUACACUUUUAUAGUCUUCCGAUGCUCGUCGUAUCUGACCUCGAUGACGUAUUCUUACCACAACCAGAUGAUUUGCUAGUCAACCUAUUCGAAGCGCGUGAGGCCUUGGAAUCGUUGUUGGGACGGCUGGGAGACAUGUUCAAAGAUACUCAAGUAGUUGGAAACGCAUUAGGACCAGCACUAUUGGCUGCAUAUAAACUAAUAUCUCCAAUCGGAGGGAAAAUUACUGUAAUUCAAUCAAGUUUGCCCAAUAUAAACCCAGGAGCAUUAAAGCCACGAGAAGACCCGAAAGCGUUGGGAACUCCAAAGGAGUCACAACUAUUACAACCUGCUGAUUCAUUCUACAAGACGUUUGCUGUGGAUUGCUCCCGUGUGCAAAUUUCUGUCGAUAUGUUUUUACUUGGCUCACAGUAUUCCGACGUAGCUACACUAAGUUCUUGUCCACGAUACAUUGGUGGCCAGACGUAUUUCUAUCCAGCCUUUAACGCAAGUCGAUCGGAAGAUGCUUUGAAAUUUGCUCAUGAAUUUGCAGAGUAUUUAGCGAGUCCUAUCGGAUUAGAAGCUGUUGUGCGUGUCAGAGCGUCAAAAGGUAUCCGUCUGAAUACAUUCCACGGCAAUUUUUUCAUUCGGCAAACAGACUUGUUGGGUUUACCGACAGUAUCACGAGAUCAUUCGUAUGUCGUUGAAAUGUCAAUUGAGGAAAACAUAAGUGAGAGGCGUAUCCGUGUAUUAACGUUAUGUCUACCAGUAACAAAUAGCAUGAGUGAGCUUUUUGCAUCAGCGGAUCAGAUCGCUAUUGCGAGUUAUUUGGCUCAUAAAGCGGUAGAGAGAUCUCUCACGGCGAAGUUGGAGGACGCUAGGGAAGCAUUGACGAAUAAGACGAUAGAUAUAUUGGGCGCUUACAAGUCACAACUGACUUCAAUUCAGAGUGGUGCUUCUCCACAAUUACAAAUCUGUGAUAAUUUAAAACUACUGCCUUUGUUAAGUCUUGCAUUAUUGAAACAUGUUGGUCUUCGUCAAAGCUCGCAGAUUCCGACAGAUCUUCGAGCAUAUGCUAUGUGUCUUCUAAGAACAAUGCCGUCACAAUUAUUGAUACCUUAUUUAUAUCCACGCUUCUAUUCUCUACAUAAUAUGCCUCCAGAGGUGGGAACCUAUGGUCCCGAUGGCAUUAUUAUGCCGCUAUCAAUGAACCUGACAAUUGAAAAAUUGGAAAGACAUGGAUGCUAUAUGCUGGAAGACAGCCAAAACAUCUUUAUUUGGUUUGGGCGGGAAGUAUCUCCCCAGUUAUGUAUGGAUCUACUGGGCUUGGCUUCGUAUGAGGCUAUUCGUGGUGGCAAGAGUACCUUACCCGUGCUUGAAACUGAUUUCUCACAAAAGAUAAACGCAAUAAUUGGUAAAACACGCGAAUCAAGACGCGGGAUAUACUAUCCGCAACUAUACAUAGUCAAAGAGGAUGGUGAUCCUGCUUUGAGGUUGUGGUUCUUAUCGCAUAUUAUAGAAGAUCGCACUGAUACAGUUAUGAGUUAUUAUCAAUGGUUGGCUUUGCUCAAAGAUAAGGUUAAUUCAGGGUCAUUCUAG